GGAGAUUUAAAUCAUUACAUGUUUACAAUAUUUACCCUAACUUUAUUAGUCAUCAUUUGGUUCUAUAAUAGUUUAAAUAUUUAUUUUUAAUUUUGUAAGUAAAGAAAAAGAAAUAUGCAGUGGUAUACAGGUAACAUAACUGAAGCCAUAAGUUUGUGUAAAUCGCAGAAUUCUCUCUUCAUUGUUUUGGUUGAAGCAGCAGCCGAAGAUGAAUCAGCUGGGAGUGUGUGGAAUGAUCCAGAAGUUCAGAAACUAUUUGCUGAUAAUAAUCAAUAUGUAGCACUUAAGCUCAAGUCGGAUAGUGAGUUAGCCAAGCAGUUUACUCAGAUAUACCCAGUAUUCAUCCACCCGACCCUGUACUUUAUUGGUCGGCAUGGUCAGCCCCUUGAGGUGAAAGUUGGACCUCUGAAUGCCACCAAUUUGGCCCAAAGUGCCAGGAGAGCAUUUGAUCUUCAUGAUGUCUCUCUCCAUCCAAUGACGGCACCAACAACUUCCAGCACCACAAGUACUAGCACUGUACUACCCAGUAUGUCAACUGCAACAAAUACAUCCAACCAACCAUCCUCCACUGAUGCAACAACUACUAAUAGUAAUACUGCUACUGCUGCUGUUACAGCUACUACAACUGUUACUAGUUCUUCUACUACCACUUCUACUAAAGCUGUAGAAUCAACAAGUUCACCGGUAGGAACAAUUUUGGUUGACGAAGCAGUUGGAGGAAAUGAAUCUUCAAGUUUGGAGGGUAAAAAAGAUGAGCAUCUGACAUUAGAAGAGAAAACUGAAAAAACCAAACUCUUGAUAGCUGAGAAGCAGGCAGCCAAAGCCAAGUUGGAAGCAGAGAAGGAGAGACAGAAGGAGCUGGAGAGAAGAAAACUUGGACAGGAUUUAAACAAACUGAAGGAUCUUAAGAGUGAAAUGGAAAGAAAAGAGCUUGAGAAGGAGUUGAAGGGGAGGAAGGAAGCAGACAGACUGGCUAGGGAACAAAUCAGACGACAACUUCAGUUGGACAGAGAGGAUAGAGCAAGGAAGUACUACAAUGAGAAGGAGGAAGAGACGAACCAACAAAUUCAAAAGGAGAAUGAAAAAACGGCUGCUGAAAAGGAAAAGUUGGAAAGAGAGAGAGUUGCAAAACUGACUGUAGCUCGGAUUCAAUUUCGAUUUCCCGAUGGUUCCAGCAAGGUUCAACAAUUCAACUCAUCAGAAUUACUUUCGGUUGCUCACUCAUUUGCUUUGCAGUCCAUGCCAGGAUCAGUGAAGAAUGUUUCCCUUUCGACCAUUCAUCCCAGGAAGUUGUUCCAAGCAGAGGACUACGAUCAAACUUUUCUCCACCACAAUCUUGCUCCGUCUGCUGUUCUCGUCGUCCUUCCAACUACGUCUGCAAGCUCUUUCGUCUCUUCCUCUUCUUCACAAAGAACAACAGCAGUGGCGGGCAGUGGCAGUGGCAACUUCAUCUACCACGUCUGGAUCCAGAUAGUUUCAUUCUUGCAGUACCUACUUUCCUUCUUACUCCCAUUCUCAUCCUCGUCAACAACCACGACAACUACUCCAGUUGUAGUUGAUGGUGGCGGUGGCGGUAGCUCCACACAUACGGCACACCACCCACCAACAACUGUCCAUUCAGAACCUCUCUCCUCAUCAUCGUCGUCGCCAGUUGCUUAUGGAGGCGCCCGUCCAAAGACCACAAACACCGACGGGCUGAAGAAGCGAAAGGAAGGCAACAUACACAGGCUGACGGCUGCUGAUGAGGAGGACGAUGAGCAGGCAACCUGGAAUGGAAAUUCAACGCAACAAAUGUGAAAUUGUGGUCCCAAAUUUAAAAUGUUCAAUUACUAAUGAUUGUAAGAAUUGGUAAAAUGUUUAAAUUAAAAAAAAUUCUCUUUCGACUAAUCAACUAUUUAAUAAAUUUUAUAAUAAUAGUAACUAUAACUAUAACGCUAAUGAUGACGAUGAUGGUGAUGGCGAUAACGGGUUUGGUGGGGGUAAUAAAAUGGUGAAAAUAAUGACGAUGAAUAAUAAUUAAAUAUUUUUUGAUGGUUGGUCUUAAUGUCUUUAGUCAUGAGUUUUAAUGUUAAAGGUAUCAAUUGAGUAUCUAAUCAUCAAGCAAUUGUUUCAAUCUUUAAACAUGUUAUCAAUAAUUGAAUUGAAUUUUUGAUUUUCAGUGAACGUUCCUUUAAUGUUACACCGUUGUGAUUGUAUUUUUGCUCUUGAUUCCUACGAUUUUUUAAAAUAAUUCGUUAAUUGAUUAAUUAAUUAAUCAUAUCACUGGCAAGUUUAUAAGCAAAUUGAAUUUUGUGUUUUUUUUUCUCCCCAAAAUCAUUACUUUUACUAUAA